UUUAAAUGUCAGAGCUGGAGGUAGCCAUUACCUGUGUCAUCUAAUGUGUACCUCUGGGCCAGAAAGGGAAGAGGCCCAACAAUGCAGGCUUGGUGCUGCAGAGCUUUUGGUUGGUAAGUUCAAUGACCUUUUGUGUCUCUGAAGCUGAAAAUUCUGGAGACUGUUCAGGAGUAACCAAGAAAGUUCUGAGGGCAAGGGUCAUCACAUCAAAAGCAUUCUAAUAAUUAGGACUGUGCAGUAUUGAAACAGGAAUAAGCAAAUGAAUCAACAGAUUAGCAAAGAGAAUCCAGAAGUAGAUCAUCUGUAAGAAUUUAUGAUCAAGAUGGCAUUUCAAAACAGCAAGAGACCUUGAGGAUGUUGGCUCUCCACCUAAAAGGUUAUACUUUUUACACCAUCCCCAAAUUAAAAUUCUUCAGGGGCAAAAAAGAAACUCUUCCAUAGUGUUAGGGAUAAAAACAAAAUUUACAAUGUUAUUGUUAUAAUUUGAUCUUCCUAAGCAAUGUACAAAAUCCAGAAAUGAUAAAAUAUUGACAGUCGUAACCUCCUGAAGAUUAAAAUGGGGAAGGACAUGGGAAUAAGUGGGAUAGGGAAAGACAACUUUGAUGUUUUCUAUUCAGUGUUGUUUUAAUUGUCUACAAUGAGAACUUACUGAGGGGACCAUGUGGCUUAUGAGACUAAAAAAAAAGAUGGAGAAGGUUGGUGAGUAGUUGUACCAUUGCUUUUCUCCCAUCAAUCACCAAGUAUCAAGCUCCCCGUCUGCUUGGCCCUCUAAAAGCUAUACCUUCUUCCAGGGCUCAGAGUCCAUCUGUGAGCACUGGCCCAGGGACAGCCACCACCCAGGCCCAGCCUCUGUGCAGCAGUUGUCCAAGAAGGAAAUGUUCCCUUGGGGGCAGCCUCCUGGAGGCGGUGGGAUUUGAGCAGGGCCUUGCAAAGUGGGGAGGAUCUUGGUGCGAGAGGGGCUACCAGGCUAGGGAGGCUGAGGCUGGUAUGUGCCCCCCUGCUCUGCACCCACACUGGGCUGGGUUACCACACCGGUCAGCUGUGCACAGGUCUCCUACCCUGUCGCGAACAGCAGCGGAGGAAGUGGCGAGAGCAGGUCUGAGUCAGGUGUGGAGCCAGAGAGGAGGUCAAAGGGUCCAGAGGAUGCUCACUGGGCUGAGAGCGGUGAAGUGAUUGGCCUGGAGGCCCUGCUUCUCUCAGUGUGGUGGGAUGACAGUUUGCCCAAGGGACCAACUGGUUUUUGGCUUGCUGUCCUGCUUGAGUGAAGCACAGCCAUGGGUACAGGGAAAACCUUACUGCUGUUGCUUUAAGUCUCCCAAGGCAGAGGGUGCAUUGCCCUGCAUUCACGAAGCUGAGGCAGACAGAGAAGGAAAUGGGGCAGGGCUGCAGAGCCCAGCUGCUCCCCGGGCUUGUUCACACAUGAAAACUUCCUGUGAUGAGAACGGAAACACAGGUGCUGUCCCUACCACAGCAGCUCCCAUAGCUGGGGCCGGAGGGGAGCCAUGGACAGGCCCCGCGCCCUGGUCCUGCUCUUGGCGCUGCUGACACUCUGCAUCACUGCUGGGACCCCUGAAGUGUGGGUGCAAGUUCAGAUGGAGGCCACCAAGUCCCCGUCCUUCACUGUCCGCUGUGGAUUCCUGGGAUCUGGUUCUGUCUCCCUGGUGACUGUGAGCUCUGGGGGGCCCGACGGUGCCGGAGGGACUAGACUGGCUGUUUUGCACCCAGAAUUUGGCAUCCAGCAUUGGCCCCCCGCCUGCCAGGUCCACUGGGAAACCAAAACCAGCAUCUCCCUCACCUUGGAAGAAGGGUCUGAGGGGAUAAGCCCCAAUCCCAACACCACCUUCUGCUGCAAAUUUGUUUCCUUUCCUGAAGGCUCCCAGGAGGCCUGUGGGAACCUCUUCCUCAGCACAGACCAAGGGCUCCCUGCCCCUACUCCAUCCCCCAUACUGCGGGCUGACCUGGCUGGGAUCUUGGGGGUCUCAGGGGUCCUCAUCUUUGGCUGUGUCUACCUUCUCUACCUGCUGCAUCGGCAGAGGCACUGGUCUGUCAUGAAGCUUCAGCCACCCUUCACCAGCCCCCAGACACAGACGCGAGCAAGGCAGGUGGCCAGCCAAGCCUCCCUGGCCUCUCUCCACAUCCCGUACACUACUGUCAACACCAACCGUUACCGCCUCGCCACUCUAGACACGGUUCUUCAGCCCCGGCCACUGUCCCCAUGGGCAGUGUUCCCCGCCCACACGGCGUGCCAACCUCGGCCUCCUGCCCCCUGGGUGCCCCUGCCAGCCUCUGCACGCAGCAGUUUCAUCUCCAUUGAGAAUGGACUUUAUGCUCAGGCGGGAGAACGGCCUCUCCCAGUUGGCCCCAACCUUGUCCAUUUCCCUGACCCUGUGGGGCACAGAGCCAUGGAGGAGCACUUAGGAGUUCGAUGAGAGGGACCCCAAGUCCGCUUGGGCUCCCUCUCUUCUCGGGCCUCUGGGAUCCCCUUCUGUUGUGCACCUGUGUCCUGGGUGCCCAUCAUCUUUGCACAUCUCAUCUUAUUCUCCGGCCUGCAUAAGUGUCUCUAACAUAAAGCUGGUCAAGGCCCACUCGCCACGGAUGUGGUCAGCACGUGUGCACGUGUGGGUACGUGUGGGCACACAUGUAUCUGUGCGAGGUGACAAAAUUCCAUCCCAGGUUGUUUCCUGUUUUCAAGUCCCCAGCCGUCACAGGUGAUGUUGAUAACUAAGUCAAAAAAAAAAGUGGUUUCUGACUGGGGCCUUGGCUGGACCUUUUCUUCUUUAGGGGUUAAGAGGUUAGAGGCAGUUUCAACCCCUGGGAGGCAGGAGCCAGGUUAGACUUGGACAGGGAUGGGGCCUCAGCAUAGGAGACCUCUCCCCUGCUCACCCUCCACUCUGGACCAGGGGGGUUCCUGGCCCUGUAGACCUUGCUGAGUGGCACCGGGGGCUGGGAAGGUGAGACUGGGGGCUCUAUACUCCCAUCUUGCCAUGUCCUAGGACAGCAGCAAGGGCUUCUGGGGCUUCAACCCAAGAAAAGCCCCUGUAGCCUGCCCCAGCAUGCCUAUGUCGGGCUCCCUGAGAUGUUCUGGGGGGGAGGUCCUGAUGCCUUCCUUCCACAGAAUUGAUAUUCAGAGGCAGGAGGAUCACCUCAGAUCUGCCCACAGUAGCUUCCUCUGGCUCCUCUCUUAUUACCAGGGCACCAGCACUACUCCCCACUGGGUACUCAGGGGGCAGGUAGAGGCGGGUCAACACAGGGACUGAACACACACUCCCCUACCCACUCAUCUUCCCAUCCGGGAAUCAGCCUCCUGCGGUAAACAGGCCCAGCCACCAGGGCCUCAUCACACCUUUGCCAUGUGAGAACACGGAAGAGCUCUACAAGCUGCAAGGCUCUACAGGAGUGUGAAAGAUUCUGGGUGGCAGCGACAGGAUGGUCCUGGAGCGAGGCUCAGGCCGCACCCCCAACCAGGAUGGAUACUAGCCUGGGAGAGGAGACACCUGCACUAGGUCCUUUACUUGGUUCUGCUUGUGGGAAAUCCCAGGCAGUGCUACCUGCCAAGCCAGGAACCACCCCCUCUGCCUGGUUCAGGAAGAGCCUGCCCAGAGCCUGUGUCCAACCACAGAACCUUCCAGAAACUCAGUUUACUAUUCUAGGUAUGCUCUGGUGUGGCUUUGCCAGGACCCAGCCCCACCCAGCCACCACCUCUAUGAAGCAUUGGGGAGAGGGUGGGGCAGGUAGGGUGAGGGGGUGGUUAAGGGGUCAUAGGGCCUGCCUUCCUCAGCCUGUGAUCAUCUUCCUCCUCUGAGGAGACCUCAGCAUUGGCCUAAUCAGCUCAGUGGUCCCUGCAGGGCUGGGGGCUCAAGGGAGAGGAGAGGGUGCCACAGAGGUCCCAGAGGCCGCUCAGGGAGAUGUUAGGGAGGGAGUAGAUCUGGGCCCAGCUGCCUUAGGACCAUGUCAGGGGCAGGGGUGUGGGGGCAAUGGGACUUGCAGGGUCUCAGAGGAGGUGUUGGGGUCUCCCCAGGAAGCCUCGCUUCUCUAGGAAGGGAAUGUUUAUGGGACAAGGGAGGGAGCUCUGAGGGACCCCGGGGCCUGAACCUGGCUGCCUGCCCAGGCCACUUACACAUUAUGGAGUCAGGGAGAGCUCCCCCAACUGGAGCCUGUCUUCUACAAGCUCAGACAGCCACAGCCAGCCUGGUCCCCAUGGUAUGUGAAACCCAAAACUUCAGGAGCCAGGAAGUCUCCACAGCUGGCCUGCUCCCAGCAGUCCAGCCCCAUGUCCCAGAACCAGCAGCGCUGAAGGGACCAGCUGGGUGAGCGCAGUUGUGGUGCCAGACCACUCAGCCCCAGAGAUUCCAGGUACAGACCCCUUCUCAGACCCCAGCCUGGGAGCUCAUGCUCUACUAUUUGCUCAUUCAGUGCACGUGGUAAUCGACACCAGAGAGAGAAAGAGGUGCAUUGCCCAAGAGGACAGAACUGAACUAGCCCCUUUACUUCCAUGUCCAGGACAUGCCUUCUGCCAUAAUGUGAGAUAAGGUUUGGGCUUUGGACCCUCUUGACUUGGAGUUCCAGGGGCCACUCCCUGACUGUGAAACCUCCAGCAGCUUAACCUCUCUCUGAGGUUCACUUUGCUCAUCGAGUACAUAAUAAGAGUCAUAAGGCCUGAAGGGAGGGUGAAGAUUGUAAACCGGGACCAAGUACUAAGCAACUUUGCACGGAAUAUGUUACUUAGGACUUACAACUCCAAGAGGUAGGUGUUUUCAGUAAGUCCAUUUAACAGAUGUGGAGCCUGAGACUGGAAGGCGGAGGUACUUUCAGCAGGGAGCAAAGGAGGCACAGCGACAGCAACGAGGUCUGGACGUCUCCGUGCCUGUGCUUGGCUGGGGCAGCAGGGGAGGCCGCGGGCAGGCGGCGACCUUCGGGAGCCGGGAGCAGAACGAGGCCUGGGCCUGGGGCGGGAGGCCGGGCGUGCAGGAACCACCAGGUGGCGCCGCUGACACCUGCUGCGGAGCUGCCGGCGAGCGGGCUCCGGAGGUCGCUCCACAGGAGACACCAGUGCCGCCCGAGAGAAGAGCAUCUUCCGAGGUGCCGCCGGGGUCUCGGGGAAAGGAUAAGAGUUGUGACUCACCCGUGUCUGCGACCCUCACCCCUCCGUGCCGGCUCCCUCAGCCCAGCCCUCGCCCACCUCAGCUGGCCCGACAGCCCCGGACAGCUCGCCCCUCCGCAAACAGCCCUCGGGACGCCCCCACCCCGUGGCCGACUUCACUGGCGGUCCAGUAGCUCCUUCUCCCCCCAGCAGCCCAGCGGUGGUCCCCGGGUACCCGCUCCCCGACCCCCCCACCUCCGCUCGGGCUGCCCCUCGGGACCCCGGAGCGCUCCUUCCGCAGGCCUGCUCCCACCCACCCGCGCGCUCGCCCACCCGAUUUGGCUCCGGAGAUCGUUGCCGGGCCCCUGCCAGCGUGAGCCCUUCUCCCCACCCGGAUUCCACCACCUGUUCCCGGGACCUUUCCCAGCCGUUUCCCCAGCGGCUCUUCCUAGCGAUGGGAGAAAAAGAACAAAGACCAGACUUUGCUGCGACUCCUGAGGCAGCAAAGGUUACAGAUUGUAACACUCCUCUAUUCCCGCAGGGACUUCUUUAAUGUUUUACCGCUGUAGCUUCAUCACUGUGGUCAGUGUAACUUCCCUCUGAUAACUGCACACCUCCUCCUGCCCAGGAUAUAUGUUAACAGUCUUCUUUCAACAUAUGGCCGCUGAUACACAUCUGAGGGGUCUCAGGACUGUUCUACUAGACAAUGAAAUAACCUUACCCUAACAACAGGAUAAGUGCAGCUCUUUCUGCCCACGGUCCGUCCCGUACUGUAAUACAAACACCUGUUUGGCACCCAAAA